AUGAAAUCACUUCUUUCAAACUUACAAAAGGCCAAUGAAGCCUGUCAUUCAAAAGCUUCUAAAUUUGAUCUUUCUUUACAAGAAGCUCAAGAAAUUCCAGCAAAUACUGAUUUUUCUCUUUUUUCUCAAGAAAAUUCCUCAAUUGUUGAUUUACCUCUUUCCUCACCUGAAUUAUCUGAUGAUGAUGAAAUAAUUGACUUGGGAACUCUUGAAUAUGAUAAUGAAAUUGCUAAUGUAAAUUUUUUUGAAGAUAAUAAUGCAGCUGCUGAAGGAACAGCAAAUAUCAUGGACUUUUUUAAGCUGGCUGUUAAAUGUAUAGAAUCUGCAAACUCCACUUUGGCAGAUUUUUUUUUAAUCCUCAUUCAAAUGGCUGCUACAAUAAAACAGUUGCCAAUAAGUGACUCUACAGAACAUAAAGGUUUUCAAAGACAAUUUUUUCAUUCAGUGAUACGUACAGCAUUAGAAGUAUGGAAAAAUUUGGGAGGUGGAGAUAAAAGUGCACAAGAAAGGGAAAAUUUUAAUAGACCAUUAGAAGAUAUAGAAGAUUAUGGUGAUCCUGAUUAUAAUAUAGAUGUUAUAAGAGAUUCAGGAAUUUAA